UUCUACCCGGUGUGUUUGAACUUGACUGGACUCAGUGCCCAGCACACACACACCUAUCAGUCUCCUGACAGAACCAGUGUUCAGAAUACCGUCCUCUUUCCUUUUAGGUUUUGAUUUUAAAGCCUGUGAUGUCAGACUCUGGUUUUUCAUGCCAGUCUCAACAGAAUAACAUCAGCACCAACCAGCUCUGUGAAGGAUGGGAGUGUUCGGAGGAUGAGGGGCGGAGGAUGAAGAGGAGAGAGAAGAACAGAGUUGCAGCUCAGAAGAGCCGCAAAAGACAAACUCAGAGAGCCGACCUGCUGCACGAGGCCUGUGAGCUGCUAGAGCAGAGGAACAGGAAGUUGAGGAGGGAGGUGGAUUCUCUGUCAGAGGAGCAGCACCUGCUGACCGAAGCUCUUAGAGCCCACGAGCCCUUCUGUCCCAUCAUGCACUGCUCCUUUGCCUCCUCCACCUCUUCCACCCUGCAGCCCGAGAACAUGGCAGCCCGUUCUGUUUGAGGCAGGGAACAAAGUUUCUGAAGACGAGUUAAACUUCUGAAUGUAUCUGAGAGUUGGUGUCUCUGUAAUGCUGCAGUGAACCUCUAGAGAGCGCUGUUCACCACGCUUAAACACAGUGACGAUGCAACAGGUUUGAGCUGCUGCUGAUCUCAAAUCCCGGUGAAGAGCGUCCUCUGGUGGUGUUGUUACAGAGCUGAUCAUGUUACUGAGAGCAGACCUGAGCUGCAGCAAAUACGAAGCUAUCAGUCGAAAAGCAACGUCAGUGUAAUAUUGUUGUCUUUGUUGUGAUCAGAAUAAAGUACUGACUCAUUUCUAUGUGGACAUAUGUUUAACAAAAUGGAUCUGGUUAUACAUUUUCACUGUUCCUAAAUGAAGAAAGAUGGGCCAUUACUAUUAUCUUCUUCUUCUCAUAGAAGCUAGUCUGAAACCUUUGCUCAUAAAACAACAUUAGUUUAAUCAGCUUUAAUCAGGGAUAGGGAUUGAAAGAAUGUUUACACAUUCAGUAGCCACUUUAUUAGGUACACCUCACUAGUACGGGGCUGGACCCCAUUUUUACCCACAGAGCUGCUAUAAUUCUUUGUAGCGUAGCUUCACUGAGGUUCUGGAAAGUUUUUGUCCAUGUUGCUGUGAUAGCCUCACAAUAGUCUCUCGUUUCAUGACAUCCCAAAGGUGCUCUAUUGGAUUGACAUCUGGUGACUGUGGACGUCAUCCAUGUACAGUGAACUCCCUGUCAAGUUUUAGAAACCCGGUGGAGAUCAUUUGAGUUUUGUGACAGGGUGUGUUAUCUUGCUAGAAGGUGACACACCCUACUCAUCAAUAAUCACUGGUCAGGUUGUUUAAACAUUGCUCAUUUGGUAUUAAGGAUCCCAAAGUGUGCUAAGGAAAUAACUCCAACACCAACAGCAGCCUGAACUGCUGAUACAACGCCAGAUGGAUCCGUGCUGUAUGUUGUUUUCACCAAAUACUGAUUCUACAAUACAAAUGUGCUUCCAGUCCUGUGAGCCAGUGUGAACGGUAGCCUCAGUUUCCUGUUCUUAGCACACAGGAGUGGUAGCUGGUGUGGCCUUCUGUUGCUGGAGCACAUUUGCUUCAAGUUUGGACCUGUUGUGCAUUCAGAUAUUGCCUUCUUUGGUUUUAAUGAGUAAUUAUUUGAGUUCCUGUUUCUUUCCUGCCUGCUCAAAGCAGUGUGCCAUUUCC